UCGUACACUAAGAAGCAAAAUUGCAGGAUCCUCAUCAAAUCAUCAUGACCUACACGCAUGUAGGUCUUCUGUCGACCCAUCGCAGUAACUGAGAUGGAGCAGCAGAGGCAGAAACAGCUGCUCGAUCUCUGAUGUAGCAGGAAGGCGUUCAGAUCACUGUACAAGAAACAAAGCUUUGGGAGUCCCCAGCGACAGUACUUAUCGCCUUGUUUGCGUCUUCCGAGACCGAGGGAAGGAGAAGUCUUCGCUGCCGUUCCCCCAUUUUUGCGCAUCUCCAAGCUCUUGGAUCUUCCUGGUUGGCCGCUUGUUCUCGUCCCCGGAGAUGCCUUCUCAUUCUCCCUCCGAACACCGCGUUCCCUCAUCCAUAUAUGCUGUGGUGCAACCUCAGCAACCAACAAUGGCCAUGGACGCAAGUUCAGUAUAUGAGCAGCAGCAGCAGGAAGGAAGGGUGGAGGAGGUGUUUGCGGUGAUCAAUGACAACGGGGACCUGUUGGCGGAGGUGCUGGGGAGGCUGGACGGCCGGUCGCUGGCGGCGGCGGGUUGCGUGUGCAGGGUGUGGGCGGCCGUGAGCAGGCGGGAGAGCGUGUGGGAGGCGGUGUGCGGGCGGCACGUGGAGGGCGGGGCGGCGGCGGGGGCAGGGGCGCGACCCGUUGUGGCAGCCCUCGGCGGGUACCGCCGCCUCUACCGGCUCUGCCUCGGCCCCGCUGCCGACUGGCUCGGCGCCGCCGCCCGCCUCUCCCUCUCCCUCUCCCUCUCCCUCUUCUCCAUCGACUGCUACGAGCGGCGCCUCGGCCGGGAGCGCGGCCACCCCAGGCCGGCCUCGCUGCUCUUCCUCGACCACAACAAUCCCGUGGACGUGUCGUGAUCCCCACCGUCGAGUUCCUCGUCGUGCUCGUACCAUCUAAUGCUAAUAAUAUAUUAGAGAACAAAAUAGAUAAUAAAGGAUAUAUGUUAUAUCUUUUCUUGUCUUCUGCAUUCUCUUUGUUUUCACCGCUAUCCAUGGUGUA